UCGCGCAUAUAUUCCACGUAAAAACAUUACAGUAGGCACCGGCAACAAAACAGUCAACAUCGCUAACUUCUUUCGGUCUCGCUGUUGGUGACUCUGCGUUCUACUGCGUAUAAUGGCAUAUCGUAAUCGUAGCAAAAUCGUCCCAAAAGAGCCAAACGCCUGGAAUGUGCCCAUACAACCAAAGCCCGACCAUGUCGGUGGAAAGACCCGCAAAUCAUCUACAGGCAGUACUUCCAAGUUAGCGCCACCCUCCGGAACACCGGAACAAAACGUUAGCGGGUCGAAAAUCCCUUUACCUACCGCGUCGUCGAGUAUGUUGAAAAAAUCGCAGGACAAGUUUAACCAGGUGCAACGUCAGCACGCAGAAACGGCAAAAAAGUAUGCCGUUGAGUACGUGUCGAGCGACGAUGACGAGGAGCAGGACGAAACCAACGGGGAAGAUGGUGAUGUGGCCACCCGAAAUAUACUUGGUGAUGUACUGAAAAAUUAUCACGGUAUCGACGCGGAUGUGGGCAAAACGCAAGAAUAUUUGCAAAAUCUGCUCGAAUCCCGCAAUGCCGUGUGCCUGAUCUGCAUCGAGACGGUGAAACGAGCGGACAGGAUCUGGUCCUGCAGCGCGUGCUACACGUUCUUUCACCUCAUGUGCAUUCAGCGAUGGGCUAAUGAUAGCAUGUCCAUGAAGCGCAUUACCCACGAGCAGCAGGAGGGCUACUACAACAACCGCGGCGAAUACAUUCCGAAGCCAGCACUUAACGUGCAGUGGGACUGCCCGAAGUGUCGUCGGGAGUAUUUGCCGGAGGAAAUACCACGCCACUAUGAGUGCUUCUGCGGUAAGGAGCGAGACCCAAGUGCGCACCCCUGGAUGAUACCGCACUCGUGCGGAGAACCGUGCGAAAAGAAGCUCGCUCCAGCCUGUGGUCACACGUGUCGGCUACUAUGCCAUCCAGGACCGUGUCCACCGUGCCCGCAGACGAUUAAUGUUUCAUGUCGUUGCGGGUGUUCGCCGGUGAAAACAAUUCGAUGCGCACAAAAAUCGUGGAUAUGUACCAAAAAGUGUAAACGGACGUUGAGCUGCGGAAUACAUGAAUGUGGCACCCAAUGUCACGAUCCCGGCAGCUGUCCACCGUGUCAGAACCGUAGCGACCAACCGUGUCUUUGUGGGGCACUUACCAAAGAAGUCAACUGUCACGAAUCACGCUGGCAGUGUGGUACAGUAUGUAAUAGACCAUUAUCAUGUGGCCUACAUCAUUGCGAACGUGUUUGUCAUGCUGAUCCUUGUGGUGACUGCCCACUGGGAUUGCCACGGUCAUGCCCGUGCGGUAAAUCGGAAACUAGAGCCGCAUCCUGCGCCGAACGUAUCGGAACAUGUGGUGAUACGUGCGAGAAGCUACUUGUCUGUGAACAACACCGCUGUCCGGAACGAUGCCAUCAAGGACCGUGUGGAAACUGCUUGGAGCUCGUCCCAAAAGUUUGCCGUUGCGGUUCAACAAAGAAGCCGAUCGCAUGUCACCGGGAGGCUAUUUGCGAGGGCCGAUGCAAGCGGAUGCGUAACUGUGGAAAGCACCAGUGCAAUCGGAAAUGCUGCGAUGGACAGUGUCAGCUAUGUGAUAGAGUGUGCGGUAAGACAUUACCCUGCGGAAAGCAUAAAUGCAGUUCACUUUGUCAUCAAGGUCCGUGUUAUCCGUGUAAUCAAAAAUCGAGCGUAAAAUGUCGUUGUGGCGGUACUACAGUCGAAGUGGCGUGUGGCCGUGAAAGAAAAGCGAAUGCUCCUAAAUGCAACCUACCUUGCCGGGUGGCUUCUAAGUGUCAUCAUCCUAAUACCCACUCCUGCCACACUGGAGAAUGCCCAGCUUGCACGCAGCCUUGCGGUGAGCGGAAUGAUACAACCAACUGUGAACAUCCUUGCCGGGCAAAAUGCCACGAUGCCGUUAGGGUGGUGACACGGGACAAAAAUUUUAAACCUGUUGGUCCAUGGGAUGUGCCGAAAGAGAUUGUUGAAGUGAAAACUUUGCCACAUCCAGCCUGUACCGAGAAGAUCCCGGUCAUGUGCCUUGGUGGUCAUGAAACGGUGGAUUGGCCGUGCUCCAACUCCAAACCUUCGUCUUGUGGUAGGCCAUGCGAUCGAUUGCUCAAAUGCGGCGUACAUCGUUGUCCACUGCCUUGUCACAAAGUAACGCAUCGUGCCAGUACAACGCAGGAUUCACGCUGUGAGGCCUGCUCCGCCGGAUGUACGCUUACCCGUCCGGCAGGAUGCACUCAUUCAUGCACGCUUCCCUGUCAUAAACCUCCAUGCAAUCCGUGCCUGGUGUCGAUCAAAGCGCAUUGCUAUUGUGGUAUCACGCAGGUGUUUUACAAAUGUCAUGAGUUUUAUCCGUCCGGCAUGGAGGACAAAGGAUCGCAAGAGUUGGCCGAGCUGGAUCGUCGUCGUGAAUCUUUUCUGAGCUGUGGCCAAAAAUGUAUCAAAAAUUUUCCUUGCGGGCAUCGCUGCUUUUCUAUCUGUCAUCCGGGAAGAUGUCCCAAUCCGGAGCUGUGUUCCAAGAAGGUUAAGAUAAGCUGCAAAUGUACCCAUCGUAAGGCAGAAGUAAGUUGUAAGAUGGCGCGUAGCAAUCCGACGCUCGACUGUGACCAGCAGUGUGAAGCCAUCAGAGCUCAGAAGCAGGAGGAGCAGGACCGCAAGGAACGAGAGGCAAGGGCCCAGCAGGAGCUCGAGAAUCAGCGCGAAUUGGACGAGUACGAACGUAAAUUUAACAAACGAAAAUAUCGUGAACGAAAGCGUCAUCAGGUGCAGCAGGAGGAAACAGGAAGACAUUGGGCUGUAUACGUGCUGCCGGUUGUUGCUGUGUUGAUAGGUGUAGCUGCAUAUAUUUUGUUUACGGAAUAAAUUGUACAUUUUGUUUUGCCUUUUCUGUUUAAA